CCGGCAGUCCUCAAUCAUUACUUCCGGGUGAGCGGAUGUAAACACAAGGAAAACGCCUUUAAUUUCCAGACAACAUGACGAAACUGGAAUUAUUAAACGUUUUUCUGAACGAUCGGCUUACGGCGGCGGCCGAGGACAUCUUUAAAGCCAUCAAGAACACGGUUGCGGAGUACCAGGACGAGAUCCUCCGCUUCAAGGAGGAGAACGAGCGGCUCAAGAGGCUGCUGAACGUGGCAGUGCAGCGCAUUUUACUGCAGCCCGUAACGAAUUCGAUCCCACCGCCAGAAGAACCAUCUUCAGACCCACUGCCAUGCGAGGACAGACUGACACCUGCCAGUCGGGGGGACAGGGACAUGUCCCCGCCACCCAUCAGAGAGAUAAAGGAGGAAGAGGAACAGAGUCCGAUCAGAAGCGAUGAGAACAACACAAGAACCUCCCUGUCCAUCUUCUCAGGAGAAAACGGUGGUCAGACUGAGCGAGAACACAUGUUGGUGGAUCUGUCACCUUUACAACCCUCGUAUGACAGAGUGAUUGAUGAGGUAAAAACAGAACAUAUUCUAGAAGAAAUCGAUCGGUUUGGCCCCAGCCCAACCGCUUUGCAACCAGUUUGUUCAAACUUCCAUGAAGUGCUGACGGACCCCUGCGCCGAUGCCCCACACGGCGGCAUCAGGCUCCCAAAUGGACCCAGCAUCUCCGCGGAUAAGGAACAGGACACGAAGCCCACAGGGCACUCGAGCGACAAUACAAACGUGGGCGUGCCGGCCCUUCGCCUCAAGGGCGUGCGGCCCCUCCGGCCCCCGAGGGCCACGUACCAGAGCCAGAGCCUGCAGAAGGUGCACGCGUGCCGGGAGUGCGGCAAGUGUUUCAGCUUCGCCUGCCAGCUGGAGGUCCACAUGCGCUGGCACACCAAAGAGAAGCCAUACGGCUGCACCGUGUGCCGCAAGAGCUUCACCACGGUCAGCAUGCUGCGGCGGCACCACCGCAUCCACACUGGGGAGAAGCCCUUCCGCUGCCACGUGUGCGGCAAGUGCUUCAACCAGUCGGCCCACCUCAACACGCACUUCCGCCUGCACACCGGCGAGAGCGCCCGCUGGUCCCGCAUGGUGCCCCACUCCUAGGGCCACCGGGGAGUGGGCCCCACUCCUAGGGCCACCGGGGAGGGGCCUGCACUGUAGAAAAAGACAGAUCUGUGAAGGGGAUUGUGGUUGACGUGUAUGUGCUGGUUCCUUUGCGAUGUACGUUGUAGCCGUGUGCCUACGCUUGGUUUUGUGUUUAUUGUGCAACUAGUUUUGAGUGGAGUCCUUUCUCAUGUCCAAAUGUUUGUUUAGUUUAUUUGUCCAGCGAGAACCUCACGUGAUUUUAGAUAUUAACCUAUUUGAUUUCAGAGAUAUUUAGACCCUAAAUGUAUGUUUCUCUUUCAUAAAAAGGGCGCAUGUAACCAUGUUGGGCCGUGGAUUGGGUUUGUGUGUUUGUGUCAUAAGUAAGCAAAAUGGAUUGUUGGAUAUCUUUCUAUAGACUACAACCUAUUGCAUUACAUAUUUUAACGUCAUAACAUUUCUCGUCGUUUACUGGUAGUAACAGACAAGUAACAAGAAGGUGUUGACUGCUACGUCACGCACACAGACACACACACACGCACACACACACACACACACACACACACACACACACACACACACACACACACACACACAACGUACGUGCACCUAGAUAUAAGAUGCUUUUAAGUGGGGCUGACAAUCAUCAGAAAUAAGAAUGCUACAAAUGACAUAACAUUCAUUUUGACUAUUUAACAUUAACGCGUUAUUUCAAUCAUCAUAUUGAAUUGAGAACCAAUCGCUAAGUGGUGGUCAUGCUGUCUUCACACUGCCUUGGUAAACUGCAAGACAGUUAGAAGAACACGUUAAACUAGUGGAAAGUUUUGAUGGCAGGUCUAGAGCCAGUGCUUGUCUCAGCCUAACUAGAAUCUAAAGAGAGCCUAACUGACCCCCCUGCAGUCGUCUUAUUUACAUUUAGGGCAUGAAGCAGACGCUUUUAUCCAAAGUGACUAACAAUAAGUACAUUUGUCAGAAGAAGGUGAAACAAUAUAUUGCUGUCGGUACAGUAAGGGUGUUUAUAGAACCAAGUGCAAUGCACUAACAAUUGCUAGGUUAACCCAUUCCCUGUAUACAGCUAGGAUAAGAUGCUACACAACUAAGUACUAUAACUAACUACGACAUAUGAUAAGUACUUGCAUUAAGAGGCAGGACAUACAACAUACAAAAGCAGGAGGGAUGGGAAGUGUUGGCUAUGUUGAGUCUAGGUGAACUCUGAACAGGUGAGUCUUGAGUCUUUUGCGGAAGCUGCUGUGACUCAGCGGCAGGAAGCUCCACCACUGAGAGAUGUCUCAAGCUCUGCUCCCUCUUUACCUGUGUUGGACGCCAUUGAGAAGCGUUGCAUUGAAUAUCCAUGGUAUUGAAAGGCAAGGUGGAUUACCCAAACCAAUCAGGGAAGAGGUGCCCUGAUUGGUCAGAAAUGAGCCGGGAGCGGAGAGCAUAGCAUAAAGUUCUGUUCCUAUGGCUGAAAAGGCUCUGACAAUUAUUACAAUUCUAAAGAUUCACCAUAAAAAAUUGGUAACAUCGAAAGAUUUCACGCAACAAGCAACAGACAAAUACUGUUUACUUCAAAACAUAUGAAAGGAACUGGGACUUUAAGAAAUUAAAUUAAAUAUCUCUGGCGAUCGGACUGAUCGCGUCUGGCCCCUCUUUCAAAGGUAAAAUGAAUGUCAAAUUAACUCAUUCUGUUAAUGAGAUCAUGGAGGGUAAACAAAAGUCCACCACCACCAUAACCUUGUUUGUAGCCCUUGUCUGUUUGUCUUUCUGAGCUCCUUUAAAACAAUCCAGACAUAAUCCUCCAUUUAAAGAAGCCAUUCUCCGUCCUCUCUCUCU